CUUACAGCAAACACUGUGAUACUUGCGACGUUAAGCCUUCUAAUUGGCUCAACUUGGCUUUCAAGCAUAAUCGUAGCAGCAGAAGAUGAAGAACCGCAUUGCAUUUGGUAUGGUCAGAGUCAUGCGUCGGGCCAGCAUAUGUUAAACAAAGCUGUGAACAUGCCACCGCAGCCUUUGAAUGAUACCAGCGCUGAAGCCAUUUUUAAAAAACGUUGUCCGACUUUUUACGCUGAAUACAAGGCAGCAGAUCCGGAUGAACCUCUCAAACUGUGCUGUGAUGCAGCUCAAAUCAAUACGAUGGAAACGUCCAUGGGACAAGCGGAUGGCAUAUUUUCCCGCUGUCCCAGUUGCAUAACCAACAUGGCUCUUUCUAUUUGUAGCAUGACCUGUGGUCAGAAUCAAAGUCUUUUCCUGGUACCAUAUAACGCGACAUACCAAGACCACGAAUAUAUAGAACAAGUCGAUUACCGAAUCGAUGAUGAGUCGACAAUGCGCGUCUACAAUAGUUGUGCAGGAAUUCAGCAUACACAGACGGGCCGUCCCGUAAUGGAUCUAGCAUGUGGAGCGUAUAAUGCAAAAACCUGCGAUCAUCGCAAAUGGUUCAAUUACAUGGGCGAUCCUACCAUAAAUAAUUAUGUACCCUUUCCCAUGAACUAUUUUUUUUUGGAUGAGACAAGCGAACUGCCGCGGCAGGUGCUGCAAGUGAAAAACUGUUCGGAAGCAUAUGAAGGCUCGUAUGCAUGUUCAUGUAUUGAUUGUAGUGCUUCUUGUCCAUAUACCGACCCACCAACUGGCCAAGAGGAGGGUUUCAUGGUAGCUGGACUUUAUGGCAUAACUUUCAUAGUGUCGCUCUUCUUUGGCGCUCUCGUGAUGGUGUUCAUACUAUGCGGCUCACUAAAUAUCUGCAAACCAAAAAUAAAAAUCUCGUCUUGUUGUGCAGGUUUUAGUGGGGUAAAUACAAUACUCUCUAAAGCUUUUCGCGCUUGGGGUUAUUUUUGUGCAAAAAAUCCGGUGCUCAUUUUGGCUUUGUGUUCCUGGGUGAUUGGUGGACUAGCUUAUGGUGUCAAAUACUUAAGUGUCACCACGGAUCCGAUUGAACUAUGGGCUGCUGAAGAUAGUCAAGCACGUUUGGAGAAAGAUUACUUUGAUGAGCAUUUCGGACCCUUCUAUCGCACCAACCAAAUAUUCUUCAAACCAGUAAACCAAACAACAUUCACGCACAAUACGUCAUCCGGCAUAUUAACAUUUGGUCCAGCGUUCGAAAAAAGUUUUCUUAGAGAAGUUUUCAAAUUGCAAGAAGAAAUUGAAGCAUUAACCACAGAGAGUGGCGUGACUUUGGCGGAUGUUUGCUAUGCUCCUAUGGUAUACGCUGGAAAUACAGUGACCGUUGCUGAUUGCUUAGUGCAAUCCAUUUAUGGCUACUUUCAAAACGAUUUAGAUGAGUUUGAAAAUGAAUACGAAGAUGCCAAUGGCUACACAAACAACUAUCUUAACCAACUCGAGGAUUGUCUCAGAGUUCCAAUGUUGGAGGAUUGCUUUGGCCCAUAUGGUGGCCCCAUUGAGCCGGGCAUUUCUGUUGGUGGCAUGCCCAAAGUAGCGGCAUCGGAAAAUCCUGACUAUCAGCUUGCCACUGGCUUGGUAAUAACACUUCUCGGCAAAAAUCAACGUACUGAACAGCAACUGGUGCCAAAUAUGGCGUGGGAAAAAGUAUUCGUUGACUUUCUUAAAAAUUAUACCAGCGAUAAAAUGGAAAUUGCGUUUUCCGCCGAAAGAUCGAUACAGGAUGCAAUUGUUGAACUUUCAGAAGGCGAAGUUUCUACUGUCGUAAUUAGCUAUGUGGUUAUGUUUGUCUACGUCGCCAUAGCAUUGGGAAAAAUACGCAGCUGUACUGGCUUCUUCCGCGAAUCAAAAAUAAUACUCGCGAUUGCCGGUAUUUUCGUUGUUUUGGCUUCGGUUGUAUGCAGUUUGGGCUUCUGGAGUUAUUUGAAUGUAACUACUACAAUGUUAGCAAUUGAAGUGAUACCUUUCCUAAUAUUGGCCAUUGGAGUGGAUAAUAUUUUCAUUAUGGUACACGCCUAUCAUCGUUUAGAUAAAAGACAUUAUGAAACUGUAGCAGAGGCUAUUGGCGAAGCGAUGGCACGCGUGGGUCCUUCGAUUGUACAAACUGCUGGAUCAGAGUUUGCCUGUUUCGCCAUAGGUGCUAUAUCGGAUAUGCCAGCAGUGAAGACCUUUGCCAUGUAUGCAGCUGCCGCUAUUCUAUUUAAUUUCUUCUUUCAACUCACUGCUUUUGUUGCUUUCAUGGCUUUGGACGAGCGUCGAGCGGCAUCUGGACGUUUCGAUCUUUUCUGUUGUUUCAAAAGUUCGAAUAAGACCGAAUUGGGUGACGAACAAAAUAUAGGCGUAGUGGAGAAGGUGUUCAAAAACUUUUAUGCUCCUUUCCUGUUUUCUAAAUCGAUCAAAAUUAUUGUUUUGAUUAUAUUUACGAUAAUCACCUGCUUAUCGCUUAUGGUGGCUCCUUCAGUCGAACUUGGCCUGGAUCAGGAAAUGUCCAUGCCAACCGAUUCACACGUCACUAAGUAUUUCAAAUACAUGAGUGAACUUCUAUCAAUGGGCGCGCCUGUUUAUUGGGUCUUGAAGCCUGGGCUCAACUUUACCUAUCAAGAUCACCAGAAUGUAGUUUGCGGCGGUGUUCUGUGCAAUAAUGACUCUGUUUCGGUGAAACUUUAUCAGCAGUCACUCUAUCCCGAAAUCACUUAUCUGGCGCGUUCAGCUUCCUCUUGGAUAGAUGAUUACAUUGAUUGGCUUAGUAUUAGCGAUUGUUGUAAGGUGAACUCUACCGAUGGCUCCUUCUGUCCAAGCAACUCGAAAGAUGAUGGCUGCGUAUCUUGUGAUCGUGAAUUCUCCGAAGACGGUUUACGCCCAACGCCAGAAACCUUCAGAAAGUACAUACCAUAUUUCUUGUUCGACAUACCUGACAGCGAAUGCGCAAAAGCUGGUCGGGCUUCAUAUGCGGAUGCUGUCAUUUAUACGCUCGACGAGCAAGGCGAUUCUGACAUUUUGGACACGCACUUCAUGCAGUACUCCACCACAUCUACCACAUCAAUUCAAUUCUACUCGGCACUUAGAGAGGCGCGCCGUAUUGCCGCCGAAAUCAAUUCAAUGUUUGCUGAAUAUGAAUUCGACGUCUCCAUUUUCCCCUAUUGUGUUUUCUUCAUCUACUACGAGCAGUACCUCACCAUGUGGAAUGUUGCCUUGUUCUCUCUCUCUCUUACUCUAUUGGUCAUAUUCUUCGUCACAUUGCUCAUUACCGGCUUAGAUCUGCUCUCCGCUUUGAUGGUUACUUUCAUGGUGCUAUUAAUCCUCAUCAACAUGUUCGGAAUGAUGUGGGCAUGGAAUAUAACACUAAAUGCGAUUUCGUUGGUGAAUUUAGUCGUAAGCAUCGGUAUCGGUGUGGAGUUCGUUGCACAUAUAAUCCGUUCGUAUAACAAUGAAACGGGUAAUAAGGAAGAGCGUGCGAGGGAAGCGCUAGUAGUAACGGGCAGUAGUGUUCUCUCGGGCAUUACUCUAACUAAGUUUGCCGGCAUCAUAGUUUUAGGAUUCUCCAAAUCGCAAGUGUUCGAAGUAUUCUAUUUCCGCAUGUAUCUUGGCAUUGUUUUAAUAGGAGCAGCGCAUGGACUCAUUCUGCUACCCGUUUUGCUCAGUCUCUUCGGGCCGGCGAGCAAAACGAAGAGCAAAAACUUGAAUUUAGCUUAAAGUAGGCAAACCGAACGGCACAUGCAGAGAUUUUUUCUGGCAAGUGCACGUAGUCGCA